AAAUGACAUUAUUUGAUAACUGACAAUGACAUCUACAGUUACCGAGCUCUAUAAAUGCACUUAGUUACGUAAAAUAUUUAUAAUUUUUCGUGCAAGUAUUUUAAGUUUUACAGUCAAUUCUUCAGCUGAUGUACUAAUUUUGUGAAAAUGCAAGCUAUCAAGGCUUUGGGAGCUGCAGCUCCUUCAACUGUUCUUUCGGUAGUAAAGAAAGGAGCGUUUGCACCAAUAGUAGACCAAAUACGCCGUACUCAUUUGCCGGCACCAGAUCCAAAAGAAAAACGACCGUAUUCUCCUUUCCAAGACACUAGUAAUAUGGCAGAAUAUGCUGUAGCUCGCCUGGAUGAUUUGUUGAACUGGGGCAGAAAGGGUUCAAUGUGGCCCAUGACAUUUGGCUUAGCUUGCUGUGCUGUUGAGAUGAUGCACAUAGCUGCUCCUCGCUAUGAUAUGGACAGAUAUGGUGUUGUAUUUAGAGCUUCACCAAGACAAUCAGAUGUUAUGAUUGUAGCUGGAACCUUAACUAAUAAAAUGGCACCUGCAUUAAGGAAAGUUUAUGACCAGAUGCCAGACCCUAGAUGGGUUAUUUCUAUGGGCAGUUGUGCAAAUGGUGGUGGUUACUAUCACUAUUCUUAUUCUGUUGUAAGAGGUUGUGACCGUAUUGUGCCUGUUGACAUAUAUGUCCCAGGAUGCCCACCCACCGCAGAAGCUUUAAUGUAUGGAGUCCUUCAACUACAGAAGAAAGUUAAGAGAAUGAAAACAGUUCAAAUUUGGUACCGAAACUAAAGGAAAACGAACAUAGGAAUAUUAUAAACAACAUAUAAAUGAUAUUGUUAUUUAUUCUCAUUACUACAGUAACAUAAUCAUGUAGUUGAAAAUUUAAAUCCUUUUGUGAUAUUAUUUUUUUUAUUACAUAGCACCCUAUAAUUUUCAGUGUUAUUUAAAAUUAAAAAUAGAGUUAAUAACACAUCAACUUAGUAUAUUUAUUGUGUUCCCUGUUACUUUUGGAUUUGUAUAAAAAUACCCAAUGAAAGAUUAUAAGCUAAAUUUCGAAGUUCACUUAGGUAUGGCAUUGUUAAUUUUAUCUUCAAUUUUAAUUAUUAAAGAUCGCAAAGACCAAAACGGUUCAAAGUUUCAUUGUUGAACCAAUCUUGGCGCUAAAUAUGCCACAGACAGCUCGAGACACUUUCCACAGCAAACACAUACAUUCUACAUUUUCAAAAUUGGCUUGGCAGAUUGCUAUAAUUUUUGGGUGUAAAGAAAAGGAUACUUUCUAUUGUGGUCUGAUUAAAACCGCUUUAUGUAUUAUAUGGAUAACCUUUUUGUCUCACACUUUAUCUCAAAAACAAUAAGUGAAUACAUCCUUU